AUGACCGAACGCGUUCUCCGACUCAGCGUCUACCAUUGCUUCAACCCUGACAAGCCUGAGGCAGAGGUGCACGAGUUCGUGACCAACGACCACGCGGUGAAGGCAGCCAAAAUUCAUCAGAAACAUGGACUACUCGGCUACACGUUGUACUUCGCGCCUCAAAGUGCACAGAAGGUCCUGUCGGACUGGAAGAGGGUUGGCAGACGGAACUGGGAGCUGGACACCUACGAUGCCUGCGUAGAGUUCUACUUCACGGACUUUGCGGUUAUGGGAGCUAUUGCGCAAGACCCGGACUUUGGCAAGUUGCAAGAGGCUGAACUGCCCUUCUUGGACGCCAGCCGUCCGCCCCGAGCCCACCUGGGAUGGGUCCAGGCCUACAUCCACGAUGGUCAGAUCAUCAAUGUCGAGGGGAGCAAGUCCGUCUUUCCUCCCUUUACCGAACUGUCCCAGAUCGUCUUCCCCGGGGUGUCUGAUGGGAAAUAA